CCAUUGAAUUUGGAUGAAUUUAUUGAUGAAAUAGAGUUUGGAUUGUUCCAUUUUAUUAUUGUUGUUGCUAGUGGACUAUGUUAUUCCACGGUUAGUUUAUUGACUCAAGCGGCGGGUUUAGUUAUCAUCGCUGCCUGCGAUUUAGAUACUGAUAACCAUAAUCAAAUUUGGUGGGUCUUAAGUAAUAUUAUUGGUACUUUAAUUGGCAGUGCUAUAUUAGGACGAUUAAGUGAUGCCAUAGGAAGGAGAAAAAUUCUUUUAUUAUCCACGUGCUUAAAUUUAAUUGUAACUAUAUUAUCAGCAUUCGCCUACAACUACAUCUUAGUGCUUAUAUUUGCCAUUUUUAAUGGAAUUGGCUUUGGCGGUAUAUUUACUUCUGUUCACGCAUAUUGCUUAGAGUUUUUCCCACGUAAAUAUAGAGGCAAAGCCAUUGGAUGCCUAACUGCUUGUAUAAUAUUUGGUAGUGUCUACAGCAGUGGGAUGGGCUAUAUCAUAUUGCCUCAUCGAUUUCACGCUCCGUUAGGAAAAAUUUAUUUCUCCAGCUGGCGUCUCUAUCUACUGGUUUGCACAUUGCCCAUAAUAAUUAGUUUUUUACUCCUUCUUUGGGCUCCAGAUAGCCUUCGAUUUAGGAUUAAAAGAGGAGAAAUGGAAAAAGUGAUACGAAUUAUUAAUAAAAUAUAUCGUACUAAUUCUUAUUGCCAUCGCGAUGGCCACCUGUAUCGUCUGGUUACGCCUCCAGAUUUAAAUAAAUCUCAGAGAAAAGACAAUCAUGAUGAUAAAAAUAUCCAAUUAGCAAAUGAAUAUAGCUUUAAAUGUCAUUUUUCACAAAUAAUCCAACGACAAACACUUUUAAAAAUUAUUGCUUUAUCGGUUACUUGGUUUGGAUAUUGCUUCUGCUUUUAUGGUCUAUGGACAAUGUUACCACUAUUAAUUUCAUUUUAUCUUAAUGGUAACACAUGUUCCGGUCAUUAUCAUAACUUUACCACGUUAUUUAAUAAUCAGGAAAAUCCGGGCCAUUCGGUCUGUCUUAAUAGUCAAAAUCGUGCAACUUUGCUGAUUUAUGUUCUAUUUGGAAACUUACUUUCGAUACCUGUUGCUUUGAUAUGCGUUUUGUCAAUUAAUUUUAUUGGUCGUAAGUGGUUAUUUUCCUUUCUAGCUUUUCUUAGUAGCAUUAUUAUAUUGCUAAUUUGGCUGAUUGAUACAGCAUUGAGUACGCUGAUUUUAGCUUGUUUCUUCGCUGGAGUUUUAAUUAAUGGAUGGAUUCCACUGAAGCUCUUAAGCUCAGAAUCAUUCCCAACGGAAUUUAGAUCAACUACUUUAGGUAUAUUCACAAUAUUUGGAGGCAUCGGAUCGCUAUGUGGAAUAUUUUCAUUUUCAUCGUUAUUUAAAACCAAUUGUAGCGCAUCUUUCAUAUUAUUAAUAGUUAACUGCUUAGUAUCAGGGCUAAUGCCUAUAAUAUUUCGUGAUACG